CGCCAAUUGUUCCCACUUCAGCCCAUGCAAAAGCUUAGGCAAAGGACACGCGACCGCCAAACUUGACUCACUCACUGCAUCCAUCAUCUUGUGUGGUGCUUAAAUGCCAGGCAAAACUCCCGCCCACCUGUAACUGUGCUAAACCCCCAUCCACCAUUCCAUUUCCCAGAUCGCUUUCUCUUGGGUGCAGUUUAACUACCACUUCCCAAUUCCUUCCCAAGGCCAUGGAGGCUCCAGCGAACAUCACCAUCAAAGGGAUACUGAGCCUGUUGAUGCAGAGCAUCGACGACGACGACGACAUGAAGAAGAAGAGUGUGAUUUCGCUGGGAAUGGGCGACCCUUCUGCUUACUCUUGCUUCCAGGCUCCUCCUGUUGCUUCUCAUGCUGUGGCGGAGGCUCUUCACUCUCACAGGUUCAAUGGCUACUCCCCUACUGUCGGACUCCCCCAGACUCGAAGGGCGAUUGCAGAGUACCUAUCUGGCGAUCUUCCUUAUGAUCUAUCUUCGGAUGAUGUCUUCGUCACGUCUGGAUGCACACAAGCCAUCGACGUGGCACUAGCAAUGCUUGCUCGCCCUGGUUCGAACAUAUUGCUUCCAAGACCAGGUUUCCCUAUCUAUGAACUCUGUGCAGCCUUCAGGGGGCUCGAAGUUCGACACUUCGAUCUCUUGCCACAGAAUGGCUGGAAGGUUGAUCUUGCUGGAGUUGAAGCCCUUGCUGAUCAAAAUACUGUGGCAAUGGUGGUGAUCAACCCUGGGAACCCUUGUGGGAAUGUCUACUCUUAUCAACAUCUGAAAGAGAUUGCUGAAACUGCUGAGAGGCUCAAGAUACUCGUAAUUGCUGAUGAAGUGUAUGGGCAUCUUGCCUUCGGGCGUAACCCAUUUGUCCCCAUGGGAGUUUUUGGAUCCACUGUGCCUGUUCUCACGCUUGGCUCUCUGUCGAAGAGAUGGAUCGUGCCAGGGUGGCGACUCGGUUGGUUUGUCACUUGUGAUCCCUCUGGCUCUUUUAGAAAACCAAAGAUGGUGGAGCGAAUCAAAAAGUACUUUGACAUAUUAGGAGGACCUUCGACAUUUAUCCAAGCAGCGGUUCCUCGUAUUCUGGAGGAAACUGAAGAAAAUUUCUUUAAGAAAACAAUAAAGGUGUUGAAGCAAACUUCAGAUAUUUGCUUCGAUAGGGUGAAGGAGAUUCCAUGCAUCACAUGCCCUUACAAGCCGGAAGGGUCCAUGGCUGUAAUGAUGAAAUUGAAUCUCUCAAUACUGGAAGAUAUCAGUGACGACAUAGAUUUAUGCUUCAAACUGGCUAAGGAGGAAUCUGUUAUCAUUCUUCCAGGAACUGCUGUGGGAUUAAAGAACUGGCUUCGAAUAACAUUUGCAGUUGAUCCGGAGUCGCUUGAAGAGGGUUUAGCGAGGUUGAAAUCCUUCUGCAAAAGGCACACCAAACAACAGCUAGGGAGUUGAGAAGAUUAAACGUGUUCUUUCCCUCUAGCUAUUUCAGCAAACCAAAAAUUUUGCAGAAAUGGAAACUGUUGCUGCUGCUGUAGAAGUUCAGAAAGGAGACGACUUUAAGGUUCAUGUGUUCUCAUCCUCGGAGUUGAUCGAGACGUUGAAUGAGAAAUGGAGGGCAGUGAAGAGGAAACCAUACCCAGCAAUGUACUCGAGCGUCUAUGGUGGGAUCAUUCUCGAUCCGGCGUUGAUGGUGAUUCCGAUUGAUGACCACAUGGUACAUCGCGGUCAUGGUGUUUUUGACACGGCCAUAAUCCUCGACGGAUACCUCUAUGAGCUAGAUGUACACAUAGAGAGGAUCCUAACAUCAGCCUCAAAGGCAAGGAUAUCAUCUCCAUUCACCAAGGACAAACUGCGCACCAUCCUGAUCCAGUUGGCAACAGCAUCAAACUGCAAGAAAGGCACACUGAGAUACUGGCUGAGUGCAGGCCCAGGCAACUUCCUGCUGUCCCCAUCUGGUUGCCCAACUUCAGCAUUCUAUGCAGUCGUGAUCGACGAGGAGUUCUCCCAGCAAAAGGAAGGAGUUAAGGUGAUCACAUCUAACAUCCCCAUGAAGCCGCCUCUUUUUGCAACUGCAAAGAAUGUGAACUAUCUCCCCAAUGUGCUGUCCAUCAUGGAAGCCGAGGACAGAGGAGCCUUCGCCUCAAUCUGGGUCGACGAGGAAGGGUACGUGGCUGAGGGUCCCAAUGUGAACGUAGCAUUCAUUACUCAGGAGAAAGAGCUGAUCCUGCCUCCAUUUGACAACAUACUCCGCGGAUGCACUGCUCUGAGGCUGCUUCAGCUGGCGCCCAAGCUGGUGGAAAAGGGGAAGCUGAAAGGGGUGAAGACCGGUAAACUCACUAUUGGAGAGGCGAAAGCUGCUCUGGAGAUGAUGUUUGUAGGGAGCACGCUCCCCUUGUUGCCUAUUGUGAUGUGGGAUGAUCAGCUCAUUGGAGAUGGGAAUGUGGGAGAAUUGACAAUGGCACUUUCUGAUCUGAUGUGGGAGGACAUGGUUGCUGGGCCUACUACUCAGAGGAUUCCUGUUCCAUAUGAGCAGUAGUACUGAACAAAGAGAGAAAAUGGUUUAUGGAAGUUGCCUGAAGGAAUCAUGUAUACAACAUUGUUCUUUUUGGGUCAACUCACCAAUGGAGUUAAAGAUCACUUUGCUGUUCAAAGCUCCUCUUGUAAUCCGGAAUAA